CCGGUUGCUGGGCAAUUUGCAUCGAACAUCCCUAAGUGAAUCUGGAGAUUUGAUGUGCAAAGCACCCUGGAAAUGACCGAGCCCCGAACGUCUGAACCAGCGAAGAAGCGCAGACGCCCGACCCUGGCGUGUGCAGAAUGUCGACGCCGGAAAGUAAAGUGUGACCGAGAGAAUCCAUGCGGACAGUGUACGGCACACGGGCUGGCCGCAUGUACGUACGUCGGGCAAGGCCAUGCAUUUCCAGGCCCAUCCGUUCAACAGACCCAGCCGCUCCAGCAGCCUGUGUUUAGGGACUCGGCGGGCCAAAACCCAGGUGCAUCACCUUGGCCUUUCCGAGGGCCUACCCCCAGAAGUUCGACGGUGGAGGGCGUAACUAACAUCGAGAAUGCCGUUCGUGAGGGCGAUGAACGCCGUUCUUCCCCGGUCAGGGCCGAUUCAAGCGGCUACAGGCAUCAAGAUCCCCAGCGCAGCAGCCCGUCGUCCGUCCUGACCACGCAGUCGCAAGGACAUUCGGGUGGCAUUCACAUUCACGGCACUCUAGCCAAAACUCGUCUUUUUGGUCCUGGACAUUGGAUGAGCGCAUUUCCGUUGGCCGAGGGGCCCCCGACCUUGAACGAAUUACUCGCCCCCCGGGAUACAUCCCAUCAAGCGUCAGAGCAAGUGACCACCGAUCGAAUCUCGCAAGCUGUGAGACAGUGCAAAGAAAAGGCCCGGGCCAUCAAGCAACGACUCCCUAGUCGCAGACCUCUGCCGGCCGACGUCUAUCAGUCGUUCCCGCCGCGCCGGGUGGUCGAUGAACUGGUGCAAACGUACUUCGACUCAUUUGAGUGGUGCUACAAGAUCCUCCACGCCGGGUCAUUUCGAUCAGAAUAUACGACAUGUAUGGAUGCUCUGGAGACGGCCGAUUCGUCAUCGGUCGCCAAGCUUCUCCUAGUUAUGUCAGUCGCUACAUCGCUGUACGGCAGUACGCAAUUGUGCCCCGACCUGCUUUCCAGGGCUCGGACAUGGAUCCAUGUAUGCCAAUCUUGGCUGUCGGCUCCUGUGGAGAAAGAUCGGUUGACCCUGGAUGGACUCCAAAUUUAUUGCUUGCUUCUACUUGCUCGGCAAAUCCACCGGGUUGGAGCGGAUCUGGUCUGGAUAUCAGUCGGCUCGCUCUUACGGAUGGCCAUGCAAAUGGGAUUACAUCAAGAUCCGGAUCAUUUAGGAGAGAUGAGCAAUCUGCAGAAGGAGAUUCGACGGCGGCUUUGGUAUACGAUACUGGAACUCAAUAUGCAGACAUCGCUCGACUCGGGUGUCCCUCCGACGCUCACCGUCGAAGAUUACUCCACCAGAAUGCCCUCAAAUGUCAACGACGAUGUCCUACAUCUCGAACAUGGAGGCCUGCAGGAGGAGGAGGGUGGGUUGACGACCACUUCGUUCCAGCGCUUGUUGGCGGCCUCGCUUCAAGUCAGGGUUGAGGCUCUUCAGACAAUUAAUCGCCUUCAAGGCGAUCCUGCGCCAUAUGAGACCGUGCUGAGGAUCGGCUCCAACUUAAGCUCAGCAUGUCGACGCUUGAGUACGUUCGUCGACAAGCAUAGAGCAAAGCUCGGAGCUCAUCCGCCAAGUCAUUUUGCAUCCGCCCAUGCUGACCAUUGUUUGUAUCGUUUUUUACUCUGUCUUCACUUUCCGUAUGCUGUCCAAGCCAAGCAAAAUCCAAUUUACACUUUUUCUCUGAGGAUCUGCCUCGAGACAACUCUGAGUCUGAUGUCGCUUCUUGAAAGCGAUCUCUAUCACCGUUUGCUGCUCAUCGGUGGUGGGAUGUUUCGAGACCUGAUCACUCGUGGUGCAUUGGUCCUUUUCACGGAACUGAAUAUGACUCUUGAAACGGGCGGCUCUAUGCUUGCCACGAAAUGGCAUCGAUCUCACAUCGAUCAAUUACUUGAGAAUGCUCGAAAACUUGUCCAACAUGCGGAAGACAGACUUCAUCAUGGCGAAACGAACGUGAAGGGCUAUCUAUAUAUCCGUAUGGCGAUGGGCCAAGUGGAGGCAAUGCUCAGACGUUCUUCCGUUGAGGACGCCACGGCAAACGCUGCCAUUGAUUGUUUGACAACGUGUCAAAAUAUUCUGGAAACAUUGGUAAUCGACUCGUUUCCGAGCAACCCGUCUGAAUCAAGCGUUGGAUAUGAUAACGCCCUGUAUCCUCUGCCUACGGCGAUUGAUGCGGACUUUGAAUUCUUGGACAGUGGUGAUGUCUUUAGCUUUGCAGACCGCUCUUUUCUUCAGCAGUGGGCCGAUCAGCCGUGGUUAUAGGCGUUAUUGAAGAGUCUGUAUCUCCAAAGCUCUGCUGCGACGAACCUAUUCUAUGCUAGGGUCAGGAACAUCGUUCAGGAGUAUGCCGCAUACGCGGCAAAGAGCGCUUUGGUUAUGUUGUCACUAUGGACACGCUUGUUCUUGUACCCAUGUAUUUAUACCUAUGGGAUAUAAAUGGUUGAUACAUCUGACAGAAGGCGGAUUGGAAGAACGCAGAGAGCUUUUGGAAUAGUAGAGUCAUGGUUAAUUUUGAGAACGCUGAAAGAAGCCUUCUAUCUGUAUAGGGUAAUUUUCAAGUUGCCUUACUCCCUGGGAGAUUUACAAUGAAGCAAAUAUCGCUUCUACUAGGCAAUGAAUGACGGGGUUUGUCGUCUAGCACAGAAUAAGCUCCGAUCAACACACCUUGAC